AUGGACGCCAAUGAAGCCAGAAUUCUCCUCGGUUUCCCACCCAAUUCGCGUCCAACUCCUUCCGAGGUUAAAUCAGCUUAUAAACAGAAGGUGUGGGAAUCUCAUCCUGACCUCUUUCCAUCUCAUGAGAAGCCUCUUGCUGAAUCCAAGUUUAAAUCGAUUUCCGAAGCUUACACACGUCUAUUGCCGGGUGGUAGAGGAGAAGCUUCAACUUCAGCUGAAUAUUGGCGAGUUGUGAGAACCGGAGUUCCAAGGGCCAGCGGAGGAAGAAAAAACCAUGCUAUGAUUAAAGUUCCAUUCCUUUUAAUUAUUCUGGGAACAGUUGCACUUGGAGGGUUUCAGGCUUCAAGGGCUUACAAAAGGCAAAAAGAGGAAUACCCUUCACACAACCCAUUUCUUCCUUGA